UAUUUAUACGAGAAAAGGUUUUUAUAGUCACAGUCGCCUGGCAAUGGUACGACUCAGUGACGUGUAUUGUUUUGGUUCUGCCAGGAGAAGGAAGUGUUCUGCUGCAGUGACAGAGACCUAAUCGCUGGACAGGGGCUUCUCACUUUUGAAGCUGAGGAUGAAUUGUCGUUCGGAGGUGUUGGAGGUGUCGGUGGAGGGCCGACAGGUAGAAGAGGCGAUGUUAGCUGUUCUGCACACUAUACUCCUGCACCGUAGCACUGGCAAAUUUCACUAUAAAAAGGAAGGGACCUAUUCCAUUGGCACAGUGGGGACCCAGGACAUUGACUGCGAUUUCAUAGAGUUUACUUACGUCAGAGUAUCAUCAGAUGAACUGGACAGAGCACUCCGCAAAGCAGUUAGUGAAUUUAAGGAUGCACUAAGAAAUUCUGGAAGUGAUGGCAUUGGCCAGGUGUCCCUAGAAUUCUAUCAGAAAAAGAAGUCCCGUUGGCCUUUCUCAGACGAAUGCAUCCCGUGGGAGGUGUGGACGAUCAAAGUCAACGUCGUCUCACUGGCUAACGAGCAGGAGCGUCAGAUCUGUCGAGAGAAGGUGGGAGAAAAACUCGGUGAAAAGAUCAUUAACAUUGUGGAGGUCAUGAACAGGCACGAGUACCUGCCAAAAAUGCCAACUCAGUCAGAGGUGGACAAUGUGUUUGACACAAGUCUUAAAGACGUGCAGCCCUAUCUGUACAAAAUCUCCUAUCAGAUUACUGACUCACUUGGAACAUCUGUCACAACAACAAUGAGGAGACUCAUCAAAGACACCUUGGCUCUUUAGGACUGUGGAUUAUUUGAUGGACUGGGGUAAUCA